AUGUCAAAGCUUUUAGUAUCACUGCCGCUUUGCUUAGUUUAUUGCUGCUUUUUUUAUCCACCUUGCGCUCCUGCUCCAACUUGGGAUUCAGUUUCUGGGCAGCAGUCAGAAUUCAGUGGGUCUCCCAGGAGGAACAAACUGCUCCUCGUCUCCUUCGAUGGCUUCCGCUGGGAUUACGACCGGGAUAUUGAAACUCCCAACCUGGAUAAAAUGGCUGAAGAUGGAGUUAAGGCACUUUAUGUCACGCCACCUUUUCUCACUAUCACUAGCCCCGCUCACUUCUCGCUCCUUACAGGCAAUUACGUCGAGAAUCAUGGGGUAAUCCACAACAUCUGGUUCAACACGACUACUCAGGAGAAGAAGCAGUACCAUGCAGCUCAGUUUGUUGAUUCUUACUGGGACAAUGGCAGCCUACCUAUCUGGAUAACAGCACAGAGACAGGGACUAAAAGCAGGCUCUCUCCAUUUCCCCGGAACAGCUGCAACCUACAAAGGAGAAACAGUAAAUGUGAGGCAGGUGGAGCCUCCUAUCUAUAACCACGGAAACGAGACAGAAUGGAGGCUGAACAUCGGCAAGGUGAUUGGUGAGUGGUUCCACGAACAGGAUCUGGAUUUUGUCUCCCUGUAUUUUGGGGAGCCAGAUUUGGUUGGACACAAGUUUGGACCAGAAUCCCCAGAACUACGGGCGAUGGUGCAGCAAGUGGAUCGUACUGUCGGCUACAUCCGGGACAAGAUGUACGACCAUGGUCUCACUGACCGACUCAACAUCAUUAUCACCGCAGACCAUGGCAUGGCUAACAUACUACCAGAUAAACAAAUUCAGAGGAUCGUCUUGUCUAAAAUCCCAGGUUUUAGCUUCAGGGAUAUCCAGUUCCAACUUUUGGAUUAUGGCCCUGCUGGAAUGUUGCUUCCCAAAGAAGGGAAAUUGGAAGCGGUCUACCAGGCUCUGAAGGGAGGCCACCCUCACCUUCAUGUGUAUAAAAAGGAGGACGUGCCAGCUAGACUGUAUUAUAGCUCACAUCCACGACUUCUUCCCAUCAUCCUUAUGUCUGACCCUGGAUAUGUAAUAAGUGGGUUUGUACCUUUGCAAUUCAACAAAGGAGAUCACGGCUUUGAUAAUGAAGCCAUGGAUAUGAAAGCAUUCUUCAGGGCUGUGGGGCCCGAUUUUCAGAAAAACCUGAUCGUCGAUCCCUUUGGGCUUGUUGACGUGUACCCACUAAUGUGUCAUCUGCUCAGAAUUAAACCUGAGCGCAACGAUGGACAGUUGUACAAAACCAAACACAUGUUGAUCAACAAUGAUAGCAUUGCUGCUGAGAGCAACACUCAGAUGGAGGUGCGGAUAGCCUUGGCAUCUGUGAUUGGGGUCCUCGUCCUUGUGUUUAUUAUCACCAUGUUCUACAACAUGCACAAAAGGACAUAA